AUGUUAGAAGAAGCAAUUGAUUUAUUUAUUCGACAUAAAUUACGUGUUGUUGAACCAACAGUUACUUAUGAACCAUCUCAAGUAACAGAAGCAUUAUUAAAAUGUAAUAGUGGUCAAGUUAUAGAUAAAACAGUUUUUCGUAUAACUUCAUCCGAUCAACCAUUAUAUAUUCAUAAGAAACAAUCUAAUAAUCUAUUAAAAGUUGUAAGUAAUAAUAGAAUGUUUUCAUCAGAAGUUUGUAAUCAAGGAACAAUUUUAAUAUCUGGUGAUCUUGGUUUAAAAAUGUCUCGAUGGAUGAUUAAGCAACGAAGUAUUAAAUAUAUAGCACUUAUGAGUCAUCGAACAUUAGCUGAACUUCAACAAUCUUCGAAUUCACAAUAUGAUGAUUGGUUACGAUUAAAACAAACAAUAAAUGAAUAUCAAGCUCAUGUUGAUGUUGUUCAAGCAGAUGUGACAAAUUUUAAUCAAGUGUAUGAUCUGAUCGAAAAAUUAAGUCAUACCUCUUAUCCUAUUCGAGGAGUUAUUCACAGUGCUGUAGUUGCAGAAGAUCGAGUCUUAGCAAAAAUGACACAAGAAUGUUUGGCACAUGUUUUAGCAGCAAAAGUUCGUGGUGCUUGGAUUCUUCAUCAAGUAACACGGCUUACUAAUGCGCCUCUUCGCUUUUUCGUCAUGUUUUCAUCAAUUCGAAAUCAUUUACUCGAAAUGGCAUCAUCUGGUUAUAAUGCUGGAAAUCAAUUUCUUGAUGUACUUGCUCAUUAUCGUUCUGAAAAACUUAAUUUACCAGUACUUUCAAUUAGCUUGCCUGCUGUAAGUGGUGCUGGAAUGUUUCAUCGACAACGAGAUAUGCUCAGCACUUUACAGAGUACACAUGGCUUUGAAUUAUUGCCACCAAUAGCUGUAUUCGAGUUGAUCGAGCGCUUUCAUACAAAUCAGACGACUUGUCCAUGUCCUGUUAUUUUUGCUGUUAAUUGGCAAACAUUAUAUGAAAGACGUCACAAAUUUCCUAUGUUUCAACUGAAUAAAAUAGUAGAAGAACACUACACUGUUAUGAAACUCACAAAUGUGUCAACAACAUCAACAGGAAUUAAUAGUAGAACUACUUCGAACUUGAAUCGAAAAGAAAAUAUUAUUGAACGAAUUCAAAUGGCUGUAGCACGUCUUCUUGGUGCAGCCAAUAUUGAUCGUAUCCUAGUUGAUCGUUUAUUGGUUAGCCAAAGUGUGGACUCAUUAGCAGCUCUUUCACUAUAUAAUUGGUUAGGACAAGAGACCAGUGUUUAUAUACCAUUGGUUGAUCGACUUCAAAGAUAUUCUACUGGAACUAUUGCAACAGUAAUUCAUAAUAAGCUCAACGAACGACAUCAGGUUGUAUCAUCGGCUACUGAAGAAGAACAUAUAGAUACUGAUCUAAUUAAAGAAAAUGAAGUAAAACUAUCUCAUAACUCUAGAUAUACUAGCACAGAGAAUAUCAUUUGUCUUCAAAAUCCAUUACAGUGCAAUAGUAAUAUUUUCUUCUGCAUUACAGAGCAGAUACCAACCAAUACUGAUAAUCUAAAUAAAUUAUUCAUUGACAAAAUAUCUGACCAACAAAGUCAAACAAGAUCAGCUGUCAUUUAUGCUACCCAAAUACCAUCAGUAACAUCAACAGCAUCGACAUCUACUUAUGCUCGUGAUAUGAUUUUGCAAAUGCGUCGUAUCCAACCACGUGGACCUUAUCAAUUAGUGGCUGUCCGCAACAAACAGGAAGAAAUCAUUGCACAUGAAAUGAUAAGACAACUCAAAGAUCAUUUUAUGAUUACCGAUAUUCGAUUACUUCUUUUGGACGAUUAG